ACGCGGCUGUGAUGACAGUAGAAGAAGAGGCUGCCAUACUGCGGUGAUACAGCGAGUUUUACCGGAUUCAGUCUUUAGCUCCGUUUAUCCUCCAGCAGUAAAACAUGCUCUCCUCUCAGACAUCUGGAGACCCGGGCAAGAUGAGAGACUACCAUUACACCGGCCCGGUAGAGCACCGGUUCUCUCCGUACGCCUUCAACGGAGGGACCGUACUAGCUGUAGCUGGAGAGGACUUCGCCAUCGUGGCCUCAGACACCAGGCUGAGUGAAGGCUACUCCAUCCACAGCCGAGACUCACCCAAAUGCUACAAGCUGUCAGACACAACCGUCAUUGGCUGCAGCGGUUUCCAUGGCGACUGCUUGACACUGACCAAAAUCAUUGAUGCCAGACUAAAGAUGUACAAACAUUCGAACAAUAAGACAAUGACCAGUGGCGCUAUCGCAGCCAUGUUGUCCACCAUCCUGUACGGCAGGAGAUUCUUCCCCUACUACGUCUACAACAUCAUCGGAGGACUGGAUGAGCAGGGCAAGGGAGCAGUGUACAGUUUUGACCCAGUGGGCUCCUACCAGAGAGACACCUACAAGGCCGGAGGAUCAGCAAGUGCCAUGCUGCAGCCGCUACUGGACAACCAGAUCGGUUUCAAGAACAUGGAGGGUGUGCAGCACGUUCCUCUGACUCAGGACAAGGCCGUUCAGCUGGUCAAAGAUGUCUUCAUCUCGGCCGCAGAGAGAGACGUCUACACCGGAGAUGCUCUUAGGGUGUGCAUCAUCACUAAGGAGGGCAUCAGUGAGCAGACUGUACCACUGAGGAAGGACUGAGGAGGGAAAUGUUCCCCUUUCUCUGCUUUUCUCUUUAGUCUGUUCUUUCCACAUUCACCUGUUGGUUUUGGCCCCUUUACAACAAGUUUCUUAAAAACAGGAGUGUUGACCCAGAAUAUGCUUCUAGUGGCCUCUGAGGUCAGGCUUAAUCUGAGCGGAUUUUGCAUUUUUUAUAUCCACUCACAAUUUGCAUCAGUUGAAAUUGACACUUUUCUCCUGCUGUCCACAGUUAUCCCCCUCAUUUUCUGCUCUUAUUACAUCCUUGUAUUUGUGGUGUAGCUACCUUAUUCUAGAUCAGCACUCCUGUUCUUAAGAAGCAACGAACUCUCUUCCCUCAUUCUGCCUAGACUUUUCUGUUUGAAUUUUUCAUUAUGUUUUGGAAGGAUACUCAGUCUGCUGUUCUUUUUACAUUCUUAAUAAAUGUAAAGAAUUGAAAAAUA